GAGCGACUGAGCCGGUUCUGCUGCAGUGAGUUCAGGAGAGUCUGUGCGAGUCGGCAUCCUCUUUCUAAGACGAACGGUUCUUAGAAAGGUCCUAAAAGAAGAAGUUGAACGAAUAACGACAUCAGAUGUUAUUUCACUUUGUAUUAGUUCACGGCGAGAGUAAAAGUAAAGCUUUAGGGUCCUGGGUGGCCGCUGUAUUAACUGAUGAGGAGGUAGCAGGGACCUUUUUAUUCAAGCCAAGUGAAUGAAAGUAAGACAUUUCGGUCCUUCACCCGAGAUUACCCGAAUUUUUCGCCCACUUUUUCUAAUAGUCAUGACGUCACAAAGGAAAUCACCUGAUCAAAAAAGACCCCGUAGAAGCUUAUCUACCAGCAAAACUACAAAAAACCAAUCUCAUUCGAUUACUUCGUAUUUUAGCAGUGCACCACCUGCUAAACUUGCAUGUUCAAUUUGUCAUAAAAUGGUGCCCAGGUAUGACCUAAUCCGGCACCUUGAUGAGUUUUGUGAUAACAAUGGUGAAGUCGUUCAAGUUGAGCCUGCUCGGGCUGGUUUAAUGAAUCCAACUGUGCCUAGGUCAGAUGUACCCAGUAUUCCUUUAGAAGAAGUGACACCUCAGAAAUUGUCACCACCAAAGAGAAGUUUAAUCCCUGUCCAGUGUGGUUCAAAACUGGGCAUGCAACAGCAGACCAGUCCCUACUUUAAAGAUGCCUUGGUGUGCAAAAAUAAAAAUGAGCAUGCAAAUCAGAGUGUGGAAAUUAUGCCUUUGGGAAGUCUGUCAUCGAAAUUGUCCAGAAGAUAUGUAAAAGCUAAAAAAUCACUCGCCAAAAAUGAGGGACUAGCCAGUCAUUGCCCACAGACUUCUCCAUCCACACACGACACCAGCCUGGUUGAUAACUGUUCAGAGAUGGAAGACAAAGAUGAGAUUUUGUACAGUUCCCAAAAGGAAAACAUGUAUUCAUGUGCACCUCUAAAGGAAGAGAAUGCUUCAGAACAGAAGGUAAAGAGCAGUAAAAUAAUGGGAGAUGAAAGUCAGAAAGCUUCCUGCGGGGAGCCAGCACUCACCCCUGCAUCCUCAGAGCAUGCCCCCAUAUCACUGUCCUCAGAUUUAACUCUCGACAAUAACAUGAAAUCCUCUUUGGGAGACACUCUUGUAAAGCAAGAAGGUGCCAGAACAGUAGGGGUCGGGGCCGCCGAGCCAUGCAGUCAGGAAGAAGUACAGAUGACUGUUGAUGCUGAGGUCAAAAUGCUGGUGUCGGGAGAGGCAGGAUCCAACACUCCAGCCACCAAGGACCACAUGUCUCCAUGGAGUAACAACCGAGAGCUUAGGGAAGCUGGCAGUUCCUUAAAGAGACAAAGGGCUUGCAGCCCUCUGGAGCAGGGGUCCAGCUGUGGUGUUCCCAGUGAGACAGCUCAAGCCUCACUGAGUCACCCAUACUACCUGAGGAGCUUCCUGCUGGUGCUGCGGGCCAUCCUUGAGAACGAAGAGGAUAUGCAGCUCUUCGAUGACCAGGAGAAGGGGAUUAUAACUAAAUUUUACCAGUUGUCAGCUAAUGGUCAGAAGUUGUAUGUGAGGCUCUUUCAACGUAAAUUAACCUGGAUUAAAAUGACUAAACUGGAGUAUGAAGAGAUUGCCUUGGACUUAAGCCCUGUGGUUGAGGAAUUGAAGGACUCGGGCUUUCUACAGACAGAAUCUGAGUUGCAAGAACUCUCCGAUGUACUUGAACUCCUUUCUGCUCCUGAGCUGAAAGCCCUGGCCAAAACCUUCCACUUGGUGAGUCCCGGUGGGCAGAAGCAGCAGCUGGUAGAUGCCUUUCUCAAACUGGCCAGACAGCGUUCAGUCUGCACUUGGGGCAAGACUCAGCCUGGAGUCAGAGCAGUGAUUUUAAAAAGAGCUAAAGACCUGGCCGGCCGGUCCCUUCGGGUCUGUAAAGGCCCUAGGGCUGUGUUUUCCCGAAUCUUGCUUCUGUUCUCGUUGACCGAUUCCAUGGAAGAUGAAGAAGCUGCCUGUGGGGGUCAAGGUCAGCUGUCUACCGUGCUGUUGGUCAAUCUGGGCCGAAUGGAGUUUCCUCAGUACACCAUCAGCCGGAAGACCCAGAUCUUCAGGGACAGAGAGGAUCUCAUCAGAUAUGCAGCAGCUGCACACAUGCUGAGCGACAUCUCAGCUGCCAUGGCCAGUGGGAACUGGGAAGAAGCUAAGGAGCUUUCUCAGAGUGCAAAAAGAGACUGGGACCAAUUGAAAAGCCACCCUUCCCUGAGAUACCACGAGGCCUUGCCACUCUUUCUGCGCUGCUUUACUGUCGGGUGGAUUUACACAAGGAUUUCCUCUCGGGCUGUUGAAGUCCUAGAGAGACUUCACAUGUACGAGGAAGCUGUUCAGGAACUUGAAAAUCUUUUGUCUCAGAAAACCUAUUGUCUGGAUAGCAGAGGCCGCUGGUGGGAUCGCCUGGCUCUUAACCUGCACCAGCACCUGAAGCAGCUGGAAGAGGCAAUUAGGUGCAUCAGGGAAGGCCUGGCAGAUCCACAUGUGAGGACCGGACACCGACUUUCUCUUUAUCAGCGAGCCGUGCGUCUUCGAGAGUCUCCGAGCUGCAAAAAGUACAAGCACCUCUUGAGUCGGCUGCCAGAAGUUGCCGUGGGAGACGUUAAGCACGUGACCAUCACGGGCAGGCUGUGCCCACAGCAUGGGAUGGGCAAGUCUGUGUUUGUCAUUGAGGGCGGAGACCCGACCAACCCCACCACAGUCCUGUGUUCUGUGGAGGAACUGGCGCUGGAUUAUUACAGGCAAAGCGGCUUUGACCAAGGGAUUCACGGAGAAGGAUCCACCUUCAGCACCCUGUGUGGCCUCCUGCUGUGGGAUAUCAUCUUCAUGGAUGGAAUACCAGAUGUCUUCAGAAAUGCCUACCAGGCCUCCCCCCUGGAUUUGCUCACGGACAGCUUCUUCUCAAGCAGGGAGCAGGCCCUGGAAGCCAGGCUGCAGCUGAUCCACAGCGCCCCUGCCGAGAGUCUGCGGGCCUGGGUGACCGAAGCAUGGCAGGCCCAGCAAGGCAGAGUGGCUUCUCUGGUCAGCUGGGACCGCUUCACCUCCCUGCAGCAAGCUCAGGAUCUUGUCUCCUGCCUCGGGGGCCCUGUCCUCAGUGGUGUGUGCAGGCGCCUGGCUGCUGACUUUCGGCACUGCCGAGGGGGCCUCCCUGACUUGGUUGUGUGGAAUUCUCAGAGGCUCCAUUGCAAGCUGGUGGAAGUUAAAGGCCCCAGUGAUCGCCUUUCAUGUAAGCAGAUGAUCUGGCUGGACGAACUACAGAAGCUGGGGGCGGAUGUAGAAGUGUGCCACGUGGUUGCAGUUGGUGCUAAGAGCAAAGGUCUUGGCUGAAAGAUGUCACACUGGGGACAUCUGGCCAUUCACUGGGACAAGAUCAUCAAAAGGAGAAAGCUGUUUGCAUUGUCUCCACUUUGACUUGUCCUGACACCUGAGAUUGGAGUGACUCAUCCUGGUACAGUUUCUGUGUGUCACAAAACUUGGCCUCUGCUGGAGAACUCUGAAUCCACUGUAGGUGGGUGGACUGAUAAAAAUAUAGAAGUCUGCAUGGACGCUGUAGGAGCUGAAUGCUUCCAUGCUGUUAAGUUUUUUUUUUUUUGGUUUUUUUUUUAAGGUGAUCACUGGGGCCAGAGAGAAAAUGAACAUGAUGAACUUAGUUGACACUUUAGGUUUUUUAAAAAAAAAGAAAUACAGCCGGGCAGUGGUGGC